GCGGUAGGCGAUGGUGGUGAAUAUUAGAGUUACUCGCCCGCGAUUGUCAUUCACAGGGGGCAGAACAAUCACAAUGGCGUCGGAUAAACUUACGAACAAUUUUGAGGUUCCAACUUGGGCAGGGAAACCUCAGCCAGGGUUACAUCUGGAUGUCACAAAAGAUGGUAAAAUGAUUCAGAAAUUAAUGGUAGAUGAGAAGAAGUGUUAUUUCUUUGGACGUAACAAGCAGUUGUGUGACUUUUGUAUUGAUCACGCCUCCUGUUCUCGAGUUCAUGCAGCUCUUGUGUGGCACAAACAUCUUUCCAGACCAUUUAUUAUGGAUCUUGGAAGCACUCAUGGGACGUACAUCGGUCAGAUACGACUUGAAAAACGGAAACCUCAGCAGGUCCCAAUCGACAGUGAGAUUCAUUUUGGUGCUUCAACAAGAAUCUAUAUCAUACGCGAACGUCCACAGGGCAUCUCAAACCAACCACACGAAGACAAAGAUGGCAAACGGAUAGAAGAUCACGAAGGCAGCUUAUUAGGUUUACCAGAAUCAGAAACAGAGCUUGAUAAUCUCACAGAAUUCAACACAGCUCACAAUCGUCGCAUAGCAUCUUUAGUGGAAGUUGCAGAUGUCCCCAAUCCUCUGAAGCGGAAACACAAGUCAAGUCAUGUUGUGUUUAAUGAUGAGGAAGAGGUCAUCAAUCCAGAGGACAUCGAUCCUUCAGUCGGUCGCUUCCGCAACCUUGUACAAACAACCAUCAUCCCAACGAAGAGAGCCAAAUUAGAUGGAAGUGUACAGCCAUCAGGCAGCAUGACAGAAAAUAUCACAAAGAGACUUCAGAACUUUUCCUAUGGUACAAAUCUGUACGGUGACCUCCCUGCAGUGGGUGGCAAUGCAGCAGGCUCAACUCUCAGUAGUACCUACAGUAUUGCCACAAAACUAGGGCUUCCAGUUCCCAACCUGGCGCCAGACAUAGAUCAUGACACAGCAGCACCACAGGUCACUGCAGCACCAGUCGUAGGAUUCACACCAGAGGAACCCUCAAAAGAACCCAAGAAGAAGAAAUAUGCAAAGGAAGCAUGGCCAGGAAGAAAACAUACACACAAUUUGCUGGUGUAGGUUGUGGGUUUGGGUGGGUUAUUGUAUGGGAGGGGUUAGGGACUUUUCAUGAAAAUCUGAUUUCAUUGAAGGGGUUAGGUAUAAAUAUGAGGUAUAACUGUGUUUGAAUUGGUUACAGGGAUGGGUGGACCUUUUUUAUACUUAGACCUUUAUAAUUGAAAUAAUGGAUACCGCACAAUUUUAAGGUAUGCAAGUAUUCCUCUACUGAACUGCUUUAUCAAACAUCAUGCUUUUUAAUGGGAUUAUUUCAUUACUUAGCCCUCGGAUCAUGUUGAUUUUAGACAUGUUUCAUGAUGAACCGGGGUCUUCAAUGAAAACGGAUUUUUUACCAGAUGUAUUGGUCAUUGUGUUCAGAUUCUAGCUGAGAAAUUUAGGGUGGCUAUCGAUGAUUAUAUGAGAAUUCGGUAAAAUUAUACAUUGCUAAGGAUGUAUGUGUUGUUUGAUCUUUUGGACCAUCAGGGUCAGAAGGUCAAGGUCGAGGUCAUUGUUCGCCACGUUCUUAUCAUGUAAAUGCCAUUGGAAAACUCUUAUCUCACUUGUACAAAUGUCUCAUUAAACAUCAUGAUUGAAUGAG